AGUGGGCAGACGGCAAUUUCACCCGGACAUUCGUAGACCGUGCAGCUGCUCGUACGAGUUCGCGGAUUUCCCCUGACUCGCCGGGAACCGAAUCCACGUGGAUAGUCAACUAUCAAGUGCCCGUACCGCAAUCACGCCUCAGCCUGGGUACAGGAAAUGGAUCCCGACGCUUUCAAGGAGUUCGCCAAGGAAAUGGCGGAAUAUAUUACUAAUUACCUGGAAAAUAUCAGGGACAGGCGAGUGCUUUCGACGGUAGAACCAGGUUACAUGAAAUUCCUUUUGCCUGCCGAGGCGCCUCAAAAGCCAGAAAGUUGGAAAGACGUUAUGGCAGAUAUCGAAAAAGUGAUAAUGCCAGGAGUUACACACUGGCAAAGCCCGAAAUUUCACGCGUAUUUUCCUACAGCCCAAUCGUAUCCAGCGAUCGUUGCUGACAUGCUUAGCGGCGCUAUCGCGUGCGUCGGGUUCACUUGGAUUGCAAGUCCUGCUUGUACCGAGUUGGAGGUAAUAAUGUUGAACUGGCUGGGAAAAAUGUUAGAUCUGCCCAAAGAAUUUUUAGCCUGCAACGGUGGAAAGGGAGGUGGUGUCAUUCAGGGAACCGCGAGCGAAAGUACCUUAGUCGCACUUCUCGGCGCCAAGGCUAAAAAAAUAAGCCAGGUCAAGGAACAACAUCCUGACUGGACGGACAAUGAAAUUGUGGGUAAACUAGUCGCUUAUGGUUCCUCUCAAGCUCACAGCUCUGUAGAACGAGCUGGUCUUCUCGGAGGCGUAAAGUUCCGGUUGCUAGAAGUCGAUUCGAAAUAUAAACUUCGCGGUGAGACACUGGCAGAGGCCAUUCGCAAGGAUAAAGAACAAGGACUGAUUCCAUUCUACGCUGUCGCCAGUUUGGGAACCACUAGCUCUUGUGCGUUCGAUCGUAUCGAUGAAAUGGGUGUGAUUGCAAAUCGUGAGAAUAUUUGGCUACAUGUCGAUGCAGCUUAUGCCGGUUCAGCAUUCAUUUGCCCGGAAUUCCGAUAUUUAAUGAAAGGCAUCGAAUUGGCAGAUUCCUUCAAUUUUAAUCCGCACAAAUGGAUGUUGGUGAAUUUUGAUUGUUCAGCAAUGUGGUUAAAGGAUCCGACAUACGUUAUCAAUGCUUUCACUGUGGAUCCUCUGUAUCUAAAGCACGAUAUGCAAGGUUCUGCUCCUGACUAUAGGCACUGGCAGAUUCCAUUGGGACGAAGAUUCAGAGCGUUGAAACUCUGGUUCGUGUUGAGGAUUUAUGGCGUCGAAAAUCUUCAACAAUAUAUCAGGAACCAUGUUGUCCAGGCUCACGAAUUCGAAGCGCUGGUUCUUUCGGAUCCACGAUUCGAAAUUGUCGCCGAAGUGAUAUUAGGACUUGUCUGUUUCCGAUUAAAGGGAUCGAAUGACAUAAACGAGACCUUAUUGAAAAAGAUCAACGGCGCCGGAAACAUUCAUUUAGUGCCAUCCAAGGUAAACGACAUAUACUUCCUACGGUUCGUACUUUGCUCGCGGUACAGCGAAAGCAAAGAUAUUCAAUAUUCUUGGAAAGAGAUCAAACUGAGAGCAGACGAGGUUCUCGAGGAACAAUCGGUUUCUAAGUGAUGGCGGGCUCAGAUAGCUCGUGGUUGUCGGUCCUUGACGCCUGCAACCUGCAAUCAAUCUUAGCUUUUAAUAGUUUUUCGUGUUAGCGAUCUUGGAAGAACGACGAGUCAGAUAGAAAUUGAAGUAAGAUCAUUAGCAUAAUGUAUACGUAUGAUAGCGAUGGAAAUAUUUCCUUCGCAUCUUUAAUUAAUUAAUACGAUCAGGUUACACAGCUCAGUAUUCGCUUACGUUUUUAUCGCUGGACGACUGUUAAACCUUCCACGCCGCGGGUUUUCUUCCUUUCGGCGAUUCGAUUCUUGCUUCUCAACUCUCUAUUUCGCCGAUCCAUCUGUUUGUCGCAGAUCGGCACGAAUGACGCGACGUAACGACAGUUACACGGUACAGUGAAAUUCCUUCGUCGACAUUUAGGCUCGCAGCAGACAUUUUACGUCUUUCGAACGACAGAGAAAUGGAAUUGUUCGGUUUUACGAAAGAAGAAUACAUACGUAUGUUGUUCGAGACGGAAUUUCUUCGGCAAGGGAAUAAGUGUUCAAUGGCUUCAUAGAGUCGUCGGUGCCAGGAAAGUCAGAAUUUCUUGGGCUUAUAGACGUAAGCGUAUAAACACAUAGAAAUAUAAAUCUAAAAAAGUAAAUGUGUAAAGAUAUAAACGAAUAAAAAGACAGAAGGAUAAAUCUGGAAUAUAAAAUAUUCCAGAUUUAUAAUAUAGCGUAAGAAGAAAUUCCGAAAUGACGUAUACAAUUUUGUAAACUCCGAUUUCCCGUAAAUCGCUCGUCUGCACCGAGCCUAAGUCGACUGAGAUAUCUUUUCCUCUUGUUUUCUUGCGACGGUAAAGACUUGUCGACGACCAAAGCCGUAACACGCACAUGCACGCACACAGGCCCCUUCAAUAAUAUUAAUAACCUUGAAAUAUAUUAGACAAGUCCCAUAUGAGAAACACGCCAAAGAUCGUUAUUCGACUGUCGUUUCACGUCGGUGAACGCAUAAUUUGCUGUAAGCGCAAUAUUACACGUUGCCUUGUUCCAGUUUUCGAACACAUACCCAAGCAAUAGCGUUGUGUAGGCCCGUUAGAUCGCUUUCUUCGAGCAGCAAGACACUAUAUACAUACGUAUGUACCUUUAGCAACGCGUUACGCAAUUGCUGGCACCGGAGCGUCUUGCAAAUAUAUCUGUUACGUUCACAACUUCUGCCAAGUAUUUUAAAAAAGCCUAGUAAGUAUCUUAAUAUAAUUCGAAACAUUUUAGUUCGCGAAACUUAUUUCUUGUUGGUUUUCAUCGGCGAUCGUAUUAAGUUAUAUGAAAUUAAAGUUAUUGUAUCAAGUUAAAGUGCGUGUGGAGGAUGAUUAGCCGUUUGGUUUAGAUGACGAGAGUACGAGAUAUUUAUAUAGAGUACUAAUUGGUAACUGAUACUAAUUCGUACGACUCACUCGCUUCUGGAGAACAUGGUCCAGUUAUACUGGUCGACGGAGUACUGGAAAAUACGAAAUUCGUCUUCGUUUAAGCGGUUACUCGUAACGGCGACGUUGUUUUGCUCGGAGUUUAUUUAUUAUCACAUUAUGUGUGUCCUAACGAUGUUGAUACUCCGAGGCAAGACAAUAACAUGCUUUGGAUUGUCCUUCAGCUCAUGCGCCGCUACAAAACUAUAUCAAGUUAAAGUUGUUGUAUUAAGUUAAAGCGUGUAAUUACUUAGGAAUUAUAACAUUUGAUAGUAAACGAUCAACAGAAUUUGAUCGUUGACACCGAGUGCAAUAUAAAAUAGGAAUUAUUCCGCGUGUUGUUGAAUUUAAGUCGUGCCCACCUUAUCAACGUUGUUUGAUCCCUUAAAGGAAAUAAUAUUAUCACGAUCACCUUUACCUGAUUGAUAAAGAAAACAGUUCAAUGUUCUACGAUUCGAUGUUCUUCGAUCUGUCUGCAUCUGAAGAACGUUUUGUGAAUAUUACGAGGAAAUCGGAAAUUUUUGCUUAGCACAAGAGUUAGUUUCCAAUAUCUUUCUCGGUCUUUUCUAUCUAUAAAUACCAAAAGAAUGUGAAAAGUGAGAUCUUUCUUUAUGACGUUAAUAUUUUUCAAGCAAUUCAAAUAUUUUAACAAAUUUUCUCAUUAUUUUCUGUUCGAAUUCACGUUGCGUGAAUUAUUGAUGGACAUCCUGAGCAAAUAUGCCAUAGAAAAUUGAGUUAGAUGUUCCAAGUGCAUAAAAUACGUAACUAUAUAGACAUGCUUUAAUUUAUCCACAAACAUACUUUCAUGUCCCAGCAUGUACGUGACAGAUAAUGUCACAUAAAGUAAUUAUCGUAGAUCUGUACAUUAGACGUCAGGCAGGAAUAUUUAUAUACCGGAAUAUAUUGAUUUUAGUUGUAUAAAAUAUACAAAAAAAUUGUAUAUUUUAUUAAAUUAUUUAAAGAUUAUGCUAUUGAAACGAACGUGUAAAUUAUAUUUUUAUGUUCUAUCCUGUCGGUCUGAUAUAUAUUACUCUCGCAUAUGAUCUACUAAUUAUUAAAUUAUAUGUACUACAUUUUUGUUGUAAAUAAUUUAUCAAUACGAUAGUUAUAAGUAUACAGUACGUAUCUAUGUAACAUAUCUUUGUCUCUUCCACGCAAUUCACCUUUAUUCCCCGAUAAUUACCUGCCACAAUCGUACUCGAACUACUUUAUAAUCACACUCGAAUUAUUCAAUAGGACGUCCAAUAAGUUUAUAUAUAUUGCUUUUUAUAACUGUAAAACUAGUUACAGAAUUUCUAGCAUAAAUGCAAGAAGUAUUUCUCAAGAAGUAUUAAAUCUAUAUUAUUCAACAAUUAUGCAGAAUAUUUAUGAAACAUAUACGACAGGUGCAAAAUUUAUUUUUAUCGUAUUAAUCGUAUUAAUGUAUUAAGUUUUGCACUCAUAUGAGAAUAGUACUAACUGAUAUGAAAUUUAAUAUACUUCGAGUCGAAUUGAUUUAAUGUAUUAAUUAAUCGAUGUGUAAAUAAUAGAUAUAAUGGUGUGCCAAUAUGUUUUACGAUCUUAUCUCUAUUACGAUUUUAUCUCUAUUAAGCGAUUACGAUUAUCAUUUAUUUAUGCUUAACAAUUAAGCGUUGCAGUUUAUUUUAUUUUAUGCUAUACUUUAAUUGUUCGUCGUUAGAUUGCGAAUAUUUGUGCGUUCGUUCUAAUAUCGAGUAUAAUUAUGGCAUUCUGAACAUAAUGUAGUGCUGCAACUGGGACAAUAAAUAGAUCUAGAAUUACUUUACACUGUUUGGUCUAUCGAACGAGCAAACGUUCUUAAAAAUAAUGAAAAGAAAUGUUGAACACUACCAUAUGCACUGGUUGAUACAACGCACGUAAUAAGAUUUACUUUUGUACACGUUUGACCACAAGUGAUAGAUCGAUGUUAUGAAAGUAAUAACGGUAAUCAAAAACUGCCUAAUUUUUGUUCAUAAAUAUAUAUUUCAAAAUAUAUAGUAAACUCAGAGAAAUGUUUGAAAAAUAAAUAUGGUUAAAAGGAUAAAUUGUAAUUUUGGAAGACAAAUAUACGUAAGUAAACAUUACUGUUAUCACUCGUGAAGUGUAAGAACGUUUCCUCGACGCGAUAACAUGAUUUGUUGUUAAACGGGACCAACGGGAAGUAAUAAAAGAAAAUAUAUGUACGUACGUACCUGUUACGUCGAUAUGUAAAAGGUUUGUUUCAAACUGUUUAUUUCCGUUCUUGAGACGCGCAACUCACUGUAAUAAAUAUAUAAAUGUACUAUACUAUACAUAAAUGUUGAAAGUAUCUAUGAAGAUAUCAUCGUUAUAACAAUGCCGAUACAAUAAACUAUAAAUGUGUGUAA